GCUGAAAACAUUAUUUUUUUAUGUAUCAAAGUUGCAAUGUAGACAAAUAAAUACUAUUUUAAAUCAAUUUUAGGUUUCGUUCUAAUUUCUAUAUUGACAUCGAGUUCGUCAUCGGUUUAAUAGGAUUUAAGAAGUUUCAAAAUAGUGUUAAUAUUUUUCGCAAAUUCAUAAAAAAAUUAAAUACUAGUAGACACAAAACAAGCUUUCAACGUUGAAAAAUAAUAUUUAUAGGUAUAAUAAUAUGAGUAGCCCUAGUUUACCUGCGGAUUGUUCAAAGCAAUGGGAAAUUUUGUUGUUGUUGUUAUCGUCAGAAGAGAAAAAAAUCGAUAGAACUACAGAAAAUGAAAUCGAUACUAUGAAUUAUUACUACAACAAUGAAGGUGUUAAGAAAAUCCUAUCUCAGUGGUUGCAGCAAAUGAAUUUAAGCUAUGCCAGGAAAACAAGUGACAGCGAUACAGCUUUAAAAUGUAACCAUGUGUCAUUGCUCUGGAGGCAGAAAGGCAACGACAAAUAUCACGAAAAUCUCAUCGAAGAAAGCUACCAAUGUUACUCAAAAAGUGUUAUAUAUGCCAAGCAAAACGAAACAGAAUAUGCUUUGGCACUUGCAAAUAGAUCGGCCGCACUGUUACGGCUAAAAAGAUUUAAGGAGUGCCUCUCGGACAUCAAACUAUCAGUCAAGAAUGGGUACAAGAGAGAACUCCUGCACAAGCUUAUGUUACGUCGAGCUGAUUGCUACAUCGAACUUCGCCAACGAACGGAGGCCCAAGGGUCCAUCAAUGAUGCCUCAGAACAUGCACAUUCGCUUAAACUAUCAACUUCACAGAUAGCCGAGUUUGAGCGUCACGUGAAGAUGUUAGAGAGGAAGUUACUCGCUAUAGAAGGGAAUGAGGACGAAGAUGAUACGGUGGUGCUGCCUGAGUGCUACCAAGGGCUGAACCCUGAGUUCAACGCUGCCUCCAAUGCUAUUGAGCUGCGACGCAGUGACACAGUGGGGAGGCACGUGGUAGCCAAAGAAGCGCUAAAACGCGGCGACGUGCUGUUCUCGGAGGAGCCCUACGCGUGGGUGACUCUGCCCUCCGAGGAGCCGGUGUGCGAGAUGUGCUGCCAGCCGGACAUCAACCCUCUGCCAUGCAGCAGGUGUUCUCGCAGUGUGUAUUGCAGCGAGGAAUGUAGAUCAAAAGCAUACGCCAUCUUCCAUAGAUACGAGUGUGUUGGGGCGCAGAGCGAUCUGUUCCCUACUAUCGGGAUCGCGCAUUUGGCUCUGAGGGUGUUAUUAAUAAGCGCGUACAACGGCUUCCCCGCUCCACCUCAACGCUUACCGAGUUCGACAACCGCAUCAGAAUUGUUCAAGGGUUACGGGCGUGUGUGCAACAUACAGAUAUACAAGAGCGACCAGCCAAACUUCUACAGGAUGUUCAAUUUGAUCACCAACUUCGAUAAGAUGAACAACACGGAUUAUAUACAGUAUGCUCUGACAGCGACAAUGCUAACGCUAUACCUAGAAAGGUUCACGACAUUCUUCGAGAGCUUUCCAUCUAAAGUUCCGUGUACACUGAGCGAGUCGGAACUACGUUUGUUCGCGGCUUCUAUUGUGUUGAGGAGCUUGGGCCAGCUUGUGUGCAAUGGACAUGCAGCUUUAAGUUUGAGUACUACGAGCGAAGAUGGUAAUGGUCGCACUUUCACUGAGCGAGAAGUGAGACGCGCUACAGCUAUAUACCCGUCGGCCGCCAUGAUGAAUCAUUCCUGUGAUCCUAAUAUUAUUAACAGGUUCUACAAGAACCGGCUGAUAAUAGUGGCGUCGCGCGAGCUGGCGGCGGGCGCGGGCGUGCUCAACUGCUACGGGCCGCACCGCGCGCGCGAGCCGACCGCCGCGCGGCGCGCCGCCCUGCGCGCGCAGUACAUGUUCCACUGCGCGUGCGCGGCGUGUGCGGCGCGCGACCCACCCACCAGCUUGGUGUUCAGCGCAUACGCGUGCCAGUCGUGCAAGGGCCCGGUCUCGUGGCAGGGCAAAACGGCCAAGUGCCAGCAGUGCCAUGCCGCCUUCCAUCCGGAGAAGGCGCUGGCUUUGCUCGACCGCGCUGAAGAACUCGCUGUGCAAGCGGACAACUCGUCGAGUGCUGAACAGCGCUGCGAGAGGAUGCACGCGUCGUUCCGGCUCAAGCAGCAAGUGUGGCACCGGCACCACGGCUCGCUGAGAGUCGCCGCUGACAGACUUGCUAGGAUCUAUGCGGACGUUGGUGAAUUUAGCAAAAGUGUCGAGCUGAUCAAGCAAAAUAUCCAAAGCCUCGAGUAUCAGUUUGGUUCUUUCAGUGUUGAGGUGGCGCAUGAACUACGCAAACUCUCCGACGUGAUGUUGGAGAGAAUCAUACACUCGCCAAGACAUACUGACUACAGAGACUGGUGUCUAGAAACGCACAAAAUAGUGAGAAAGGCGAUCCAACUGAUGGAACUGAACUAUGGAUCGUGGGAGCCUCUCGUCAAACGGCUGAAGAAGCAAGAAGCAUUCGUAGCCUCGCUGGUCGCUGACACCAGGUCCAAUGACACUACAGACUGUAUACACCACAACUUUCAUUAUAACCUCAAAAUAUAAGCUUGUAAAAGCGGUUAAAAGUAGCCAUGUGCUAAUUCAGACUAUUUGUACCAAAUUUCAUAUAGUUCUUAUUCUGGUUUUUUGUAAAAGAAAACAAAAUAUAUAUAUAUUUAUUUCUUACAUACUUUCGCGUUUACAAUUAGUAGUGGUGUUGUAUCAGAAUAAGGUUGCAAUUGUUGUCUGGGUGUUAAUUAUCUAUAUAAGUAUUUAUUUAAAAUUAUAAAUGUAUGUUUAUCAGCCAACUGGUUUCCAUAACACAAGCGAAAGCUUAGUAUGUAAUCAGGUCGUGCCGUGUGUGAAAAUUGUCGUGAAAUAUUUAUAUUUUAUAAUAUAGUCGUAAUAUUAUCCCAUGUUGUGUUGUGAGUAAGUCGUAGAAAAUACUGGAGGAAUUAGUUUUAUCUCAAAAUUCCGCAGUGAAUAAUUGCCUCAGGAAAUAAAGGAAGAAAUAUUUGAACUUAAUAUGCAGUCUUUAGAAGCACAUUGCCUUUAAAGUAAAAUAUCAGAAAGGAAAUUUCCGAUAGUUACCUACAAUAAAGUUAACUAUCCCAUGUUUUAACAUGGAAAAUACUAAACGUAACGGUGACCCCAGAAACCUGAAUUAGAGAAUUCCAUUAAGGCUUAAUGUAAUUAUAGAGAGAUGUUAUAAAUUAUACUGAAUCUGUUUUAUUGAGUUGAAUUGAAAAAUAUCAAGCAAUAAAUCACUAAAACUAAAGGUAUUUCUUAGAUUUAUGGCCAUUGUUUUUUUACGCAAUAUUCAAUGUAGAUAUUUAAAGAAGC